AUGUUCUUCAAUGCGUCAUUUCUCACCAAUGGGUCAAACCUAAGGGAAAGCUGGAUUGUCCUUGCAGAUGUUGUCAAAGAAGCACACAUACUCGAACUCCAUUUGGAGCAUCCAAGGGUCAAAGUUUCUGAGUUUGAAAUGGAAAUGAGGAAGCGAAUUUUCGGCACUAUCUACAUGUGGGAUAAGUUGAUGUCCAUUCUUCAGGGGCAUUGGUCUCUCAUCCCGGACGUGUAUUGCCACGUCAAACUUCCUCGGGAUGCACUGCCUGCCACACCAACUGUGCCUGGUGCUCCCACCCCUUUCACCAAUAGAAUUAUUCAAAUGCGACUCACGAAAAUGCUCAAUUCUCGAAAAACAACUGAAGAACAACAGCCUAGGGUCCCAGGCCCAGCUGCGGCAUCAGCCAUUGCUGAAAGCAUUGAAACCGAAAUCAUAUCUACACUUCCACAGGCCUACAGCCUCUCAGAUUUCGAUAAACAAUUCGACACCAUUCUCCCUAGUAUUCCCUUAAAGCGUGAAGAGCUCCAUAUAAUAAUAAUUGGUGCUUUCGCUACAGCCCAUCGUUCUUUUACUGGGUUGUUACACGAGCCAAACUUUACCAACCUUCCAUCAAUCAAGGAGCAAAAGGCAGCCUUCAAACUUCAAAGGAAACUUAUCGAGUAUACCACUGAUACUAUACGAUCAGCGAUGCGGUUCGCAGAUAUGCUACUUGGCGGUUGCAAAAAGUAUUUUCUGGUCAACCUCAUUGCACUGGAGGCAUCUGUUGUUCUAGGCUUGUGUGUCAGGGGUCUCCGAAGGAAUAGGAGAGCCUACGUUCGCUUGUCACGCCAGGGACUUCCAACCUUUACCGAAAACUCUGACCUUGAAGGUUCAACCCAUUCUGCCUUCUUGGAGGGCUUAAAUUUCCUGAAUGGGAUGGCCCAUCACUCUCCGAUUGCUGCCAAGGGGUCACAGAUAGUUAGAUCGUUGCAUCAAAAGUUGCAAAGGGAUGCUACUGUCGAUGAGGAUCUCUACUCAAACACUCCUACUCCUAUCCAACAGCAGCAGCCGCAACAGCCGCAGCGAAAAGCGCAUCAGACAACAUCUUGGGUACCAUCAGCAAGCGCAGGAAUGAUGACAGCGGCCGCAAUUGCUAGUGAACAACUUGGGAAUAUACUAGCUGGGCCUCCGGUUACCUCAAGCUCAUGCGGCCCGCCAAUAUGGUAA